AUGGCGAUACUCAAAUAUGACGAAUAUUGUUGUUGUAAACUAUUACCCAUUUUAUUUGGAACGUAUUUAAUUGCGUUGCAUUGUUUUCUUCAUGGCAUUUACGGAGCUUGUUUGGUCAAGAGUUCGUUUUAUAAAAGGUCGAGCGAAACAAUUAAUUUAAUAGCCGCAAUUUCGAGUCUUCUUUACGUUCCAGCAGGACUUUGUAUUUUUUGGACGGCUUUAUAUAAAAGUCAUAAAGUGUCAUUUAUAUGCGGAUGGCUUGUAUUAAUAAUAAGCAUUUUUAGCACACUAUCAUUUUUAAUAUAUUUUUUUCGUUAUAUUUAUUUCGAAGCAAAUUCAUUACUUGAUUCGAUAUUAUUUUGGACUUCGAGCGAUCAAUGGGUCGAUCACAGAGAACUUCCAUUUACCUUUUGGCAUUUGUUAACCAUUUUAUACGUAAUUGUUAAUUCAUUAGGAUUCUAUUAUUCUUUCAUGUUGUACAAAGCUGCUAAAAUAUUUAAAGCUGAAAAACAAGACAUAGAUUUAGAUUUUAUUCAGUGA